CAAACGUCACAACAAACACUUUCUUGUUCUUUGCAACAGCCGAUAUCACGUGCUUGCAAUGUUUUUCCUGUAAAAUCGUUCAAAUAUUUCGAUAAAUUCGAGAAAAUACGGUAAAAAUGUCCAAGUUUACCCAUCUGGUGGUCGAUACGUCCGCAUUCAUCAAAAAUGCUCCGCUGCAGGACUUGGCGGAGAACUGCUACACAGUGCAGGGCGUUGUGGACGAGAUAAAAAACGAUCGCCAGCUGAAGCGGCUGGUGGUGCUGCCAUACAGUCUCCAGGUGCGGGAACCAGACUCGGAAGUUCUGGCCAAGGUGACCAACUUCGCUAAAAAGACCGGCGAUUUUGCUUCGCUUUCGUUGGUGGAUUUGAAGGUGCUGGCUUUGACCUAUCAACUGGAGAAGGAACAUGUGGGAACGGAACACUUAAGGGAGGAACCUAAGCCUGCCAAGACCGUGUCUUCCGGACAGAAGCCGCAGGAGCUCGUGGGGACCGGGAAGGUGCUGGGUUUCUACGAAGGGAAGAAGGCUGAAACGGAAGCUGGCCCAAGCGGAUCUGUGGAGAAGGGAGAUGAUGAACCAGCGAUGGAGAUUGAGGAAAGUUCCGAAGAACUGGUGGAGCAGCUUGCGGAACUAUGCUCAGAUGAAGCGGAGGAAUUGGAGGAACAAAUCCUGAAAAAGAUCGAACCACAGGAAGCAGAAGAUGAAGAGGACAUGUCGGAGGAUGAAGAGGAAGCUGGACAAGCGGAAGACGAGGAUGAUGACGACGACGAAGGCUGGAUUACUCCAUCGAAUAUUAAGGAAAUCAAACGAGACUACGGUACGGAUCUACUAGAAGAAAGUGCCUCUCCAGUCGCUUGUAUGACCACGGAUUUCGCCAUGCAGAACGUCCUGAAACAGAUAGGACUCCACAUAGCGGCCCUGGACGGUCGCGUCAUCAAACAUGCCAGAACCUACAUUCUCCGUUGUUACGCAUGCUUCAAAACCACCCCGGACUCCACGAAACGGUUCUGUCCCAACUGUGGAAACAACACCCUCAAAAAAGUCGCCGUCUCUUUGGAUGCGGAUGGCCAACAGGUGAUUCACAUCAACACUCGUCGCCCCCUCACAGCCCGCUACAAGAAUCGUCCGGUGGCCAAAUUCGAUGGUGGGAAACACGCCACCAAUCCGUUGAUGUUCGAGGACCAACCGCUGCCGCAGCAGAGAAUAUCCGCCAAGGCCAAGGCGAAGACCAAUGCGCUGGGGGAUGACUAUACCGCGGGGUAUUCGCCCUUCGUGAUGAGGGAUGUGGACUCGCGGUCGGCCGUGCUGCGCGGAAAGUCCAACCUGAAGCAGUGGAUGAAGAACUAUGAGUAUGAUAAUCACCGAAGGGGCUAUAAGAAGUAAUAGAAGAGAGUAGGGGAUGUUAUUGUGUUGGGAAGGCAAUAAAAGAAUCAUUAUGUGAA